AUAUAUUUACUUGUGUCACUUUCGUGUUGGUUUCCAUUUGUACACCAUUCAAGCUAGCAGCGAAGGAAUUAAACGUCAAUUUUUCCUAUAGAAUAUGGAUGAUAACUCGUGGGAACAUGUUUUUAUGGAAGACGUAAAAGGUUAUGUCGAGGAACACGGUGUCUCCGGUAUCGAAGAUUUUUUUAAAACGAAACUAGGCCGUUGGAAAGAUGUAGAAGUCAAUAUUGGGGUGACAGGCAACUCAGGCGUUGGAAAAUCUAGUUUUAUUAACGCCAUACGAGGACUUCGAGAAGACGAUGAAGGCGCAGCAGAAACUGGAGUGACAGAGACAACUAUGAUGGCGACAUCAUAUCCUCAUCCAACAAAUCCCAAAAUUUUUUUCUGGGAUCUUCCCGGCAUUGGAACACCCAACUAUCCUGAUUUACCCACGUACUGUGAAAAAGUAAACUUGGAGAAGUACGACACUUUCCUCAUUUUUACCAUGAAGCGAUUCACUCAAAAUGAUCUGAUUCUGGCAAAGAAAGUGAAAGAUCUCAACAAGUCUUUCUUUUUCAUUCGUACUCACAUCGACGUGGAUUACAACAGCGAGAAAAGAAGGAAAGCGUUCGACGAGGCAAAAAUGUUGGAGAAGAUUCGCACAAACUGCUGGGAAAAUUUUCAAAAUUUCGAUCAUGGGUUGAAUGAAAACGAAGUCUUUUUGAUCAGUAAUCACUAUCCAACCAGAUGGGAUUUUGCACAUUUGACCCAGUCUAUUCUUGACGUUCUGCCGUUUCGACAACGAGAAUGUCUCACUUUGUCCUUAGGUGUACUGACUAGCCUUUCUACUGACAUUCUAAAGCGAAAAGCUGAUGUUCUUCGAGGUAGAAUUUGGAUGAUAGCAACAGCAUCAGCAGUUGGUGCAUUGGUACCUUUACCUGGAUUGUCUAUUGCAGUUGAUGUCACACUUAUAACAACGGAAAUGAAUUUUUACAAAUCUCAACUUGGUUUGCCAGAUGAAAACUCGCAAGAAUUCAACAUGUUGACACCAGCCCAGCAAAACCUUGUUCGCCAAUUAUGUACUACAAGUGCAGCACAACUUGCAAAAAUAAUGGCCACCUACGCAACCAGUUCUACAGUUGAAGAAAUGGUGCGAUUCGUGCCAAUUAUUGGUUCAGUGAUUGCUGGAGGAAUAUCGUUUACUUCAACGUAUUUGUUCUUACAAAGUUGUGUGUCUCAAUCGGAGAAAGCGGCUCUCGAGUUUCUUCAUCAAGCCAAUAUAAAAUCUGUUGAUGAUUUGGACAUUGACUAACACGUUUUCUAGCGAUGUUGUUAUCAUGAGUAAAUUUUUGCUGAGAUAGAAAUGUUAUCAAAAGUAUUAACGUUUGAGACUAUAAAAAUACCAUACUUUUCUUUUUAUGUAAAUAAUUUGUGAGUAUGGCAAUUAAAAUUCCGUUUUCAGUCAA